AUGCGACGCGCGGUGCAGGCGCCCCCUCCAUCGCCGGCGCCGGCGCUCUUCCACGGCCUCGAGUACAUCCGCGAGCCAAAGGCGUGGCGCGACGCGCUCAAGCACUGCGACAUGCUCGGCGGGAGCCUCGUAGCGAUAACGAGCCAGGAACGCAAUUGGGAGGUGCAUGGCCUCAUCGAAGGCGACACUUGGAUCGGCGCCAGCGACGUGGCCGCCGAGGGGAGGUGGGUCUGGCCCGACGGGUCACCGGUGACCCUCUUGUCGCUCCAGAUGGAAGGGCCGUCGAUCCUCUUCUCGGGGUGGGAGGAGGGCAAGCCGAACAACAACGAGGACCCGGACCUCGAGCACGACUGCGGCCAGAUGCGGUUGAGCGGGCGGUGGGACGACACCGAUUGCGAUAUGGAACACCCGUUUAUCUGCGAUAUGGGCGAGCCGCCCCCGACCACGCUCGACUUGCUCACGCGAAAGCAGGCUCGCCUCGCCCCCUGUGCGCUCUCUUCUCCCGAGUACAGCCGCUACCUCGCGAAGAUCUCGCGCGAGGACCUGCAGCGACUCACCCCGACCCGCGCCCCCACCCGCACCGGCGCCGACGACCUCUCUGCGCCCGGCUUGUCUCCCAUUGAGGAGACGAGCGAGAGGCCGUACACGCCGACAAACGACGGCACAAACGACGGGACCGGCGAGGCGCGCGCCUGUGGGGCGGCCCCCCCGAGCCGGGGCGAGCCUGAUGACGCGGAGGAGGGCGGGGCCGCCCCGGACGGCUACGGCGGUGUCGAGGACCUCCGAGAUCGAGUGCGCGCGCACCUGCAGCGCUGCUCCGGCCUCUCCCCGAGCCGCGCGCACGGCAUAGCCGGGAGCGUCGCCACGUAUGCGUCGAUCUGA